CGAGUGACCGGGGACUUCCGGUCAGAGUGUAAACAAGAUGGUGGCGAGGAGGCGGCGGGCCUGGAGUUCGCUCUGUUUGUGGUUGUUCACGGUGUUGUGCUGCGGCCUCGACUUCACCGGGGCCGUGUCGGAGCCGGGCAAAUGGAGCAUCAGCGUAACCGGGAGCCAGUCACAGACACGAUUUCCACUGCGAAAGACUUUGUUUAACAAUUCUUACAUUAAACUCAAAUGGACAAAUGUGAACUGCGACUCUCCAGUUAAUCUGAGCGUUGCGUGGUAUUUGAGGAGUUCCCAUUGUUAUGAUGAAUUCUUUUCAGUGAAUGAUGAAAUGGCAACAAAAUACUUUGGCUCUGUGAUUGUGCAGGAAAAUGCUGGAAGUGGUUAUUACAUACUUCAUCGAUACAGCUCCUUUGUAUGUCGAAAUAACAAAACUUUUGGACAGCUACAAGUAAAAUUAUUUGACCAACCAGAGCUAUUGAAAAAAGAGACUCCGGACAUUCAACCUGAACCCGAACCCAAUCCCAAACCAAUGUCCAAAAGGGAAGCAGUCAGCAGGAAGAAAGCUAACAAACAAUCGGUGAAUGAAGAUCGAAAGAUAAAUAGGACCAGCAGAGUAAUCAAACAUCCAGUUUUACGGGACUCCGUGGCAAAGACCUGGGAGGAUGCUCCAUACCUUUUCAUCAUUGAAAUCAAAAAGCCAUUAAUUGACUCCCCUGGAAACAGAAAUUGGCAUUUAAAUUUAGAAGUGGAAAUGGUAGGACCCUAUGGAUACAUCUCUGCCUCGCAAUGGCCACUAAUGAUCUUUUACAUGGUGAUGUGUAUCAUCUACGUGCUCUACAGUCUGGUUUGGCUCCUCCUUUUAGCCUGCUACUGGAAGGAUUUGCUGAGGAUACAGUUCUGGAUUGGAGGGAUCAUCUUGCUUGGAAUGCUGGAAAAAGCCGUCUUCUAUGCAGAAUUCCAAAGUAUCUCACGGCUGGGUGUAUCAGUUCAUGGGGCAGUGGUCUUUGCAGAGCUGCUGUCAGCCGUGAAACGCACCCUUGCUCGGAUCCUGGUCAUUAUCGCUGCACUUGGCUACGGAAUAGUCAAGCCUCGGCUGGGAACCACAUCAUAUCAAGUAGUGGGCAUCGGUCUGCUGUACUUGCUGUUUUCAUCAGUAGAGGGAGUCCUAAGAGUAUCUGUGGAUCGUUCCAUGGCAGCCAUGACCAUCUGUGAGAUUUCUCUUGCGCUAAUAGACUCCUGCAUUGUUUGGUGGAUCUUCGUAAGCCUAUCCCAGACAAUGAAGCAGCUGAAACUCCGAAGAACUCUGGUGAAACUUUCGCUGUACCGGCAUUUUACCAACACGUUAAUAUUUGCUGUUUUUGCUUCAGUGAUCUUUGUCAUCUGGGUGACCAUGACGUUCAGACUUGUAUCCUGUCAGUCGGACUGGCGGGAGCUGUGGAUAGAAGACGCAUUUUGGCGGUUCCUUUUCUCGAUUUUGCUGCUUGUCAUAAUGUUCUUGUGGAGACCCUCUGCAAAUAACCAGAGAUAUGCUUACUCUCCUUUGGUAGAUGACAUUGAUGAGGAAGAAGAAGAGGAACAAUUGAUCAGUGAAGCUUUUGAGGGAAUGAAGAUCAGAACAAUAAAAUCCGAGUCUAAUGGCACAGUCAAAUCCAACAGAAUGGAUGAAGACCUCAAAUGGGUUGAAGAGAAUAUCCCAUCGUCACUAACUGAUGUAGCACUGCCAACCCUGUUGGAUUCAGACGAGGAAAUAAUGAACACCAAAUUUGAGAUCUCCAAAAUGGAAUAAUUGCUUGGAAGUAUGUUACAGACGUUGAAUUACCUUGCAAUCUGAAAACUAAUGGAAUGGAUUUGACAUUUGGACACUUUUUUAUAAAAUGCAGAAGAAAAAAAAGAAUGUGCAAAACAUUCUUCGUGAUGUGACCUUUUGCAAUAGCUUUAACGCUAUUUUAUGUUAGAAGCUUUCACCGAUCACAUUAUUGAAUGGACAUUUUAAACCUGCGACUUUUCCCCUUGUGAAAUUGUUUGAACUCUAUGGAAUGCCACCAGCACCGUGCAAAGGGGAAGAGGGGGUGUUGUUGGUAAGGACAAGACUCAAAUUAGAACUAAACAAAGCAGUCGAAAUGCCAUUUUAUCAACACUUGGGCAAUGUAAAAUAAACUGCACACAGAUAAAGAA